AACUACUUUGUUAUUUUCUCGCCCGUCACUUUGCGUUGAGCUGGUUCGCUGAGAGGACCGUUCUCGGAGUAUAGUUUUAUAAUAAAUUGUAAAAUAGUUUUGUAAGGUGUAAAAAAAAAUAAAAAAAAAUAAUGCAAAGUGAAAAAUUAUUUAAAAAAAAAAAAUUACAAAUAAUAGAUUGAAAUUUUAAACAGUGAACUUACAAAUUACUUCAGAAUUUACUAAAAUAAUAAUAAAAAAAACAGUUAUAACAAUGAGUUGUGUAUAAUAAUAAGUAUAUAUAUACAAUUUUUCUAAAGGGCAAAAAAAAGCUUAUCCGAAAAAAUCCAAUUGAAAUCCUUUUUGCUAAGAAAUUUUAGAGCUCGGUGUGUAUGUGUGAGAAAAUGUAAAAUGCAAAAAUGCAUAUUCUUCAAUUUAUACCUAUUUUUUUUGUAUUUAAUUUAAAGUAUAACAUCAAGAUAAUAUAAAAUUGUGAAAAUAAUACCUAAAACUUAACUUGUAAAAAAAUAACAUUAAUCUAAAUUAACUUAAAGAAAGAAAAAUUAUGUGAAAAUGUGAACAAUAAAAUUCCGGUGGAUUCUCUUAAUCAAAUAGAUACUCAGAAUUAACCAAUUUCUAUUUUUUCCAAUGAUAUGAUAAGAAAUCGUAUGGAGAUUAAAUGACUAAACUGAACUAAAAUAAACUGUUAAAUAAAUCAACAUAAUCAUCCAAUUAAUCAUCAAAGUGAAAACAAGCAACAACUACAACAAUAAUAAUAGCAACAGCUGGUCUUAUAAAAACACCAACAAAACCAAAAUCAUUGCAUACGGCGAAGGGGAGAGAGAAGAAGGUUCAUAAAUACAUAAAUAUUCUAUUUAUUACUUUGUUCUAAUGUUGCUGUAAAUUGUUUUGCCUCUAACAAACACGCUUAACAAUGUUUAUUGCAACAUAUCGUAUGUUGCAAUAUGACAAGCAACGAGUGCUGCUUAAAAUGCAUAAUUUCUCAUAACACAAUAUAUUGACGGCUCUAAGGGAUAUCAGUAUUAUAAUUUAAUUCAUUUGUUUUGGAAGCAGCAACCUAACAAAAAAGUGCAAACAACAUAAGCGGCAUACGAAAAUUAGGGGCACAGCACAAAAGUAUUGCUGCUGAAGGCUGCUUUAACGCCCAACAAAAUGGUAACACCAUCAGUGGCGGCGGCAACAACAGCAGCAGCAUCGUCCUCCCCAACAACGUCAACGGCAACAUCAGCAGCAACAAACGACAAUAACAGUAAUAACAACAACUCUGCAGCAAACAACAACUUGAAUACAAAUUGUAGUAGUCAACAACAGCAGCAGCAACAACAUCAUGAUGGCCUUCAACAACUAUCGGCAAUGGCAACAGCACCGGCUCAAGCAACAACUUCCUUCGGGUCUACCGCCGCAACACCGAGACAACAUCCCAAGAAACGUAAAUUUGAUCCCUCAGAGUUGGAUGAAAGCCACAAUGAUAAUUCAAAACAACACGAUCAAACAGGAUCAUCAUUAUCGACAUCGGAGAUUAAAUAUUUGCCAUCAACAAGACAGAUCUCAACAUCAAUAUCAUCAUCACCACCUUCAUCAUCAUCAACAGCAUCAUCAUCAUCUUUAUCAACGACGACGACGGCGACGAAUACAACGACAUCAUCAAAUGGUAACGGCACAACAGCAGCAACAAAUGGUAACAAUGCCACCAUUUAUACCAUACGCACAACUUUCGAUUGUCCCUCCGCGGAUGCCGCCACAACUACAUCAACCAUGAUGAUGAACUGUAAUAGUAGUAGUUGUAACAAUAAUAACAACAACAACAACAGUAACAGUAAUGAAAUCAGCAGCGGGUCUCUGAUUUCAGUUGCUGCCAAAGGCGCCACAUGCAUUGAAAUUCCUGAAAAACGUACAAUUAUAACAAGUUCACAUGCACAUGGAGUAGGUGGAGGAAGUAUUGCGUACAAUAUGAAUAGCAGUAAUGGCAACAACAGUAAUCAAAGUAAUGUUGCUGGACAACGAUUUAACUUUAUACAGAAUAAACAACAACAAUCACCACCCCAACAACUACAAAAACAUACUGUUAACUCACCUCAGCAAAGUCAACAACAGCAACAGCAGCAAUUACAACAACAGCAACAUAAUCUGCAUCAACAACAACAACAGCAGCAGCACCAUCAACAACAACAACAACAAACUUCAACAAGUGUAACUUCCAAUGAAGAGAUUGUACUUAAUCUACGAGAUUGGAAUAAUACAAGAGUACUGGCUAAAUUGGGUAACUACUAUGCUCCAGGCAUUACACGUCAACCAACAACAUCAUCCGGCUCGUCGUCGUCGACGUUAAAUGAUGUGCCACCAAAUUCAAUUAUUGUCGAAUUUGAUCCGCCAGAGAAUAGUACUCAUCUUUAUACGGAUGUACUUAAUAGUGGGCGUUAUAAUGUGAUAUUGGACGCGAGUCCACCCGCAGCCGAUAUUUUGGAGGGUACACGAGUCUGUGUGCGAACUUCAAUGGAGGGACGACAUGGUUGUGUUUUUAUUGAGUGUACUGUGACAGAAGUUCAUGCAGCAACAAAACAAUUUACCGUAGAGAUUGCCACUGGGGAAGUUGGGACAGCAAUUCUCAAAACAGUUAAAAGAGCAGAUUUACGCUUAUUACUACCACCUUGGUGGGAUGAACUCAAUGAGGUAUCACCUCCAGUUGCAGUUACACCAACAGGUCAAAUGCAAACAACAAGUUUUGGCAAGAAAGUGGUUGUUUCACCACAUUCCAGAAGAAAUUUUGGAAAUCCCCAAACGCAGACGCUGGGUCGCCUAAUGGCAAAUAAAACACCAACUGCUGCUAGUAGUCAAAUCCAUCAUCAGAGUUUGUACAAUGAACAACAAAAUCUUCAACUGCAACAGCCCCAACAGUUAACUUAUGUCAGUAAUAAAAUCCUUAGUACCGGUACGGUUUUGCAUCGUCCCCACACGAUUACCCAACAAAAACCGGACGAAUAUUAUCGCACCAUAGCCACAUCACCAUUUCAAGGUACUGCAGCAGGAAAUAUUGUUAAUGGUGGUAACGGAAACAAUAAUGGUGCGACCACCACGUAUGUGAUACCCAAUGAAAAUGGCUGUGUUGAUUCGACAACAACGGGCGUGGCUGCUGGUGGUUGCAACGAACAACAUCAUAUAAUUGAGGGAAAUAUGUUGCAACAGCAACAACAUCAGCAGCAACAUCAUCUACUACAGCAUCAUCAUCAACAGCAACAGACUCUUUGUAGUAAUGAACACUCAAAUGAUAAUAAAAUGCCACCAACUACAGCUGACGCCGAAAUGCUAUUGCAACAACAACAACAGCGACAACGUCAACAGCAGCAGCAGCAGCAACAACAGCAUCGUCCAUCCGGUUCUGCAGGUCCCUCAUACGACGACUCUUAUGACUCGGAUGAUGAACUUAAACGUGUCGAUAUCGACGGUUAUGCUUCAUUGGGCGAUGCUGAUCCGGAAAAAUUUUCAGGAUGCAGCAAACGCAGCAGCAUGCAGUCACGCGGCAGUACAUCAUCAUUAGUCGACCAGAGGCUAACACCACGAUCUCAUCCAGCUACACCACGAUCUCAAGCAAAUACACCACAUCGCUUCAAGAAGGGCGAUAUAGUCGAGUCCGAAUCAGGCGUACGAAAAAAAUUCAAUGGCAAACAGUGGCGUCGAUUAUGUUCACUGUGUUCGAAAGAAUCUCAGCGACGUGGUUAUUGCUCUCGUCACUUGAACCAAAAAGGCAGUUCAUUGCGUUCUACUGGUCCAAGUCGUUUUCCAAGUGAUAUUAGCAGUCGUUCUAGUAGUAAGACACAAGUUGAUGAGGACACUUCUAGGGACUCGGAAACAUCGCCAAAUUAUCGUACAACUGGUCGUUUUGAUCAAGAAGAAACUGAUGUCGCCAAUAUGUUGGUAUCUCUAAGCAGUUCAAGAUCUGGAACACCAUCAUAUUCCUCACCCGUAAAUCAUGGUACUUCGCCUAUGAAUGCCAACAAUUCACCGGUGCCACAGGCAGUUGUAUCAAACCAUCAAAACUUCUUUACACCAAUCGGUAGAGGACCAGUUACGCCAACAGAUGCUCAUGCCAAUAAACCAUGGAAGGCGACUCCAUCGCCGGUAAUGUAUAACGUGUCCAAUUAUGGUCCCCAGGUUGUGUGUCCAGAGUCAGUUCGUGCCCAUGGUUCAGGGGUUGUAAUUACAUCUACAGCACCAGUGCCGCCACCACCACAACCUUCACAACAGUCUCCUGUGUCAAUGGUAAUGCAUCCAAAAACAGUGCCGGCUAUUCCAGCCCAGCAGCCAGUCAUGUCACCGCAUUUGCCGGUACAGCAUGUUCAGCAACAGCAGCAGCAGCAACAAUCUCAGUCGCCAGGACCGCCACCACCUCCAGCAGCUGUGGCGUCAUCCAUAUCAACCACAGCUGCUAUAACAUCAAUGGCUCAUGCUACUAGUGUCAUAAGGAUUUCUCCUGCGUCAUCAACUGCAGCGACUGCUACAAACAUGACAAAUGCUGCAACAUUAGCAUCACAGUCAUUUCAUCCGGUUAUUGUGAAUGCCACACAGUUAAUGCCUUUACUGCCACACCAACAACAGCAACAACAUCAGCAGUCACAGUCGCAACAAUCAUCACCGUCGUCUGCUGCACCUCAACAGCAAGCGGCUCAUCAGCAAAGUCUUCAACAUACUUCUAUUAAUCAACUGCGCCAUAAUCAUCAACAUAAUGCCAACAGUACUAUGGCGGCUUUGGGGGCUCAGUCUAAACAUCAACAGCAACAACAACAGCUUCAAGCUCCCCAGCCACAUUUGACUCAACAGCAACAACAACAGUCACAACAAUUAUUAAACGAUAAGACUAUUCCAAAAAACGGCAUUAACUCGGGGUCGAUUUUUCACUGGCAUACGCUGCUGCCGCACAUUCACCAAUCCCCCGUGAAAACUCAACAACAACAACAGGCUAACAAUUACACAAUCUCCGGUAUUGUGCUACCCACGCAAUCACCAUCCGAAGCAGCAGCAAACUCUACACCACCACCGCCGCCAGUGAAUAAUAAUAGCAACAAUAAUCAUUUGUUAAUACCGCAAUCAAUGUCAUCUCCCAAUAAUCCCUUAGAUUGCACCCUAAAUGAUGCUGCAAAAGCAACAAAUGCAUCAACACAUCUGGGCAAUACUAGUAAUAAUAGUAAUCUGGAAGAUAUUGAUGACCAAUUUGACGAUGAUGUUUUUGAUCCCCCCUCCACGAACAAUGAAACUCAGGCCAGUAAUUUGAGUCUUAAAAAUAAGCAACAGCAACGUUUCAUGAACAAUAACAACGAUCAUGUCAUACGCAACAAUUAUAGAUCAACAAUCUAUAGUACAUCAGCAGCCGGAGAGCAGACAACAAUUGGAGUUGCAGGAGGAGUUGGGCGUAGAUUGCAUGAAGUAUCAAAUGAUUUAGCUGAGGCCGCAGCUCCUGGAGCAGCCACUACUUCCAAAAGGCGUUCCCAGUCAUUAAGUGCUUUACAACAGCAGCAAGCUUUAGCCAAUGGCAGUGGCUUGCCGGCAGGUGACAAUAGUGCCAAUUGCAAAGAACCCAUGAGUCCCAUGACAAAGAAUAAAAUUCGCCGCCCCAUGAAUGCAUUUAUGAUAUUUUCAAAAAAGCAUCGUAAAUUGGUGCACAAAAAGCAUCCCAAUCAAGAUAAUCGAACGGUGAGCAAGAUAUUGGGUGAAUGGUGGUACGCUUUGAAACCAGAAGAAAAGGCGCCAUACAAUGAAUUGGCUUCGUCAUACAAAGAUGCCCAUUUUAAGUUGCAUCCCGAAUGGAAAUGGUGUUCAAAGGAUCGACGCAAAUCUUCUAGUUCUGGAAAAGGUGGAAAUCAUGGUCCCAAUUCGUUGGCAGCCUCAAAUGAAGCUAAACUGCGUAAUGACUCAAUUGAUGGUUCUGAAUCCAUCGAUCAAGAACACAGUCCUACGACACCUGGCCUUAUGGGUUACUCCGCCAAUAAUGGUAUUGUUGGUGCCAUGAAUGGACCUGGUUCGAAUAGUGCACAAAAUGGUCAACUGCAACAUGAUAUGCAAACGGAUAUUAUACCUUUAACCAUUGCCACUUAUAAUACGGCAUGCUCCGAUUCAGAUCCUACUACCAUUAACAAUCAUUUGACAGUUUCAAAAUGUAUUAAAGAGGAGCCAAUAAAACAUGAUAUUACAUCUGAAGAUGAACAGAUGGUAAUUGACGAAGAUCCCGAUGAACAGAGCAACAGCAACAGUGGUGGUUUAUACAAUAAUCAUCAUCAAAAUCUGCAAAUACAAAAUUCAUCAGCCUCUGUAGAUCUAAAAUGUCGCGAACGUGUUACAGACUCCGAUGUGGAAGAUACUGGACAUGAUUUCCGUAAGACUUUAGCAGCUGGUGCUCUUGGAAACGAUAAGGAUGAACAGCAAGGGGUGGGGACAACACCUCCAGCCACUUGCAAACCCACGCCACUGAAGGCUUUACCUCCAACUUUGGAAAAUAGCAUUAUUAAUUAUAAGCAAAUGUCAAUGCUUUCUUAUCCCAGUCCAAAGAAUCCUAUUGGUGUAACACCAUUCCAACCAACAGGUGGUGCUUUUAAGACUAUGCCAAUAAGUCCAAAGAGUACAAAGCUCGAAGAACAACAGCAGCCACAACAAAUUAUUAUUAAAACAGAAGAUCUCAUGGAUGCCAAGUAUAUUAAACAGGAACCACCAUCACCAUAUAAAUUAAAUGGUGGUGGCUGUGGUGGUUCUAGUAUUACAACAUCAUCAUCAUCCACUACAUCAUCGUCGUCAUCAUCCACAUCGACUGCAUCGUCGGCGGUUAGUCAGUCUAGCAGCAUUUUUACAUUUAAUGUGCCAGCGGCCACAGCAUUAUCCCAGCAAAAAUCACAAUCACUUUUGCAUCCCCAGCUUAGAAGUCCCACUGCAGCGGAAUCUAGAGAAAACUGUACGAAAGCAACUGGCAGGGCAGCUAUAUUAUAUGAUGCUCUAGUCUUGGAUACUUUAAAUGAUGACAUCAAUAAUGCAGCAGAUGAUCAUCAACAACAUCACCAACAAUUGCACAAUCAUCAACAUAAAAUCAAAAAAGAAAUUGUUGAUAUUGAGGGUGUUGUAGAGCAGCAGCAACAACAACAACAAAAACAUCAACAACUACAUUUACAACAGCACAAGCAACAUCAACCACAAACCAUGUUGCUCAUAACCGAUGCCAACAGUUUAAAUCGACAACAGCAGCAAAGUAUAGCCCAACAAUUGUUGCAGCAUAAAAUACGUAAUAAUAAUUUUUCGGCAGCGGCAGCCUGUGCUGCUGCCUCUUCCACGACCUCAACUACAGUACGGCCUUCUAUAUCAUUUAUUAGUAAAAUAACUUUACCAGCAAACGCUCGCAUAUUAACCACCACAACCACAUCCUCCUCAGCAGCUAAUAACAAUAAAAAUAUUAUUAAUAAUAAUAACAUCAAUAAUCAAUUGCAAAAAAAUUCCACAACUACUAAUAACUUAAACGCGGGUGGAGGUAGCACUAUUACCAUUAUACCAGCUGGUGGUGGCAAUACCACCGCUUCCAUUAACAAUCAUACUAAUAACCCAACAAAUAAUUGUAGCCAUAAUAACAAUAACAAACUAACCACUAACACAAUUGUUGUUACUGGCGGUGGUGGCGGUUGCAAUAACAACACUAUCACUACCACCGGUGGUAACCUGGGUAAAGGUUGUAAACAAAUGGCUUCUAUGUCUCCGCUAAAGGUCUCAAAUGACUGUUGUAAUGCCGGCGGUGUUGGCGUUAGUAUAAAUAGUUUUAUCACAAAAAAUGCUUCAAUUCUUGGUAGUACAAUAGUAACUACUAAUGCUUCUACCUUUAAUUCAAAAUAUGUAGGUUCUUCUUCGUCAGUUGGUAUGGUUUCGUCAUCAUCAACGACGUCCUCCUCUGUGCCAUCUUCACCGGCUUCGGGUGUACAAUCAGCCUCAAUGCAGCAGCAGCAACAGCAACCAAAACAAAUAUUGUUUGCUCUUAACAAUGUGAUGCCACAUCAUCAGUAUGCCCUUCUACCGAUGCAACAUCAACAACAGGCACCAAAUGCUUUACAAAUGCAAUAUAUAUUUAAAAAGCAAAAUGGACAAGCAGAGCUAGUAUCGGCGUCAAAACAAAACACAUUGGUUUUACACAAUUACAAUACACAGGAACAAGUGCCAAUUUCUCCAUCACAACGUUCGUCAUUGCCUACAACGCCCAAAUCAGCUACAGAGCUCGGUUUCAAACUGUCUACAGAAAUGGCAAGCGGCGAUGAAGCGGCCCAAAAGCAACUGCAAGAAAGCAAUGAUAUGCAACAGCAGUUUGUGUUGGCACCAACACCCGCCCAACUUGGUCGUGCACCUUCACAGCGACGCAAAAAUUUAUCCGUGGGUAGCAUGAGUUCUAUUAAGCAGGAGAAUAACAUCAAUCAAAGCAAUUAUACAACUGCUACUAUUUUGUCAAAUCCAAACUCAGGUGGCCAAAUGAAAAAUUUAAACUCUCCUAUAAUGGAGGGUUCAUCACCCAUAAUAGGACACGUUUCCGCAGUGGCAUUAACCUCGGCAUUACCAACACCUACCUCAUCCUCUACCACACCCAACAGUGAUGAACAAUUGCCCUUAACACCAGCGUCCAGUAGUGGAUGUGGUGGCGGAGGCAGUAGUGGCAGUGGUAGCGCCAACAAUACCGCUAUAAAUCCCAAAUCUCCAAAGGCAGUGAAUGCGGGACCGAAGAAAAAGCAACAGCAGGAUGAAAAAUCUAGUGCUCUUGCUUCUAGUGUUUUGGCUGACUUUGAAAAGAAAUAUGAUGCUUUGCCACAAUUUAAACCUAAAGAUUGUCAAUCACCCAGCGCUAUAGUAGUGCCAUCAUCGCCACGUGUUUAUGGUACAAAUUAUCGAAAAAAGAAUGCCACAGCACCGCCGCCAGUACAAAGAAUACUAAGUGAAGAUGAAGCUACUGAUGACACUGCUUCUAUUCCCCCAACACCAACACAGCGCUUCUUUGGUCCCGAUUUUAAUAUAGACACAUUAAGAGAAUUGGAAUCAUCUGAUCAAACUGGACGUUCUCCACGAACACCACAAACCCCUCUGCAGACACCCCGAUCUGAUGCUAGUGAAAAGGGUCAUCGAAAACUGUUGGAGCAACGGCGAAAUUUGGUUUUACAACUUUUUGCUGAACAUGGUCUGUUCCCUUCUGCACCAGCAACAAUAGCUUUUCAGACAAAGCACAUUGAUGUAUUUCCACGACGUCAGGAUUUACAAUUGAAAAUUCGUGAAGUACGACAGAAGCAAAUGAAUCAGUCGGGCUAUACACCUCAAUCGGCUGGUCCCAUGACCCCUUCAGAAAAUAAUAGUAAUCAAGCUUUAAAUAUAAACUCCAGUAACAACAACAACAAUACAGGCAUAACAACACAUCAACAACAUGUUGUAGAGCAACAGCAACAACAUCAGUCACAACAAAGCUAACUUUAAGAGUAACUUAAGUAGGUUAAAUAUAAUGGUCUCCCGUUGAAAGUUAAAAACAAUGAAACAAACAGAUGAUAAUGUAUUACAAAAACCGUUAAAAAUUUUCACAAUUUUGACAAAAUAUCGCACAGAUACACAACUCUAGAUACGAUACAAAAACAAUUUUUAAAAAAAUGCAUUAAAUGCAUUACAAAAUAAACAAGAUUACGAAUCUUUUCACAUUACAUACAUACGUUUAAACAAACAAAAACAUUAUGAAAAAAAAACACACAAUAAAAACAAAUCUAUAAUGUUUAAAAAAUAGUCUAUAACAAACAACAAAUAUUACAACACGAAAACAAACAAACAAACAAAAAACAAAAUAAUAUUAGAUUUUAAUUAUGAGAACAUGAGUAUUAAAGCUUGUACGAUGUUUGUUUUUUGCGGUACGCAAAACUUUCUUGAAUUAAAAAAAAACAAAACACAAAAACAUAUUAUAAAUCGUAACGUAAAUUACUGUAAGAAGUUUUUAAAGAAUACAACAUCUUAUAAGCUUAAAUACGUACAUAUUAUAUAAAUAUAAAUAUUGAAAACAAACAAAAUUAUAAAAAAAUAUAUAUAUAUAUUUAUAUUGCAAAAUAUACAACAACAUACACAUAGCACCCACCCCUCCUGCUCCUCCUACGCCCUAAAUACUUUGUUCAGUUAAAUUAAGCAUGAAUAACGAACAUACAUACAUAUAAACAAAAUUGUAUUAAGAGUCAUUUUUGUCGAUAAAUGAAAAGAAAACAAGAAAAAUAUUGUAUUUAUGUAUACUACUAACUCUAUACUAUUUAGAUUUUAUGUAAUUUUGCAACAUAAAACAAAGAAAUUUUCUUUUUGGGCCUGUUUUAUACAAGAAGAACAAAAAAUGUAUGUAAAUAUUUACAGGAAUUUUUUGUUUCGACUUUGUGAUUAAAAACCUAACAGAAAUUACAGCAAUUGUCUAUGUUGUAUAUGCAUAAAUGACAAUUGUGUAGCUAAUGAUGUUUAUUCCCUCAUUCCUUUCCCCGCCCACUUGUCUUAUUUCAAAAUUUCUACAAGUUUCUUUAUUUAUCUUUCUUUAGCAUUAGCAUCAAGUUAAACAUUUUUAAUUGUUUUAUGAAUUUUAUUGAAUUUUUUUUAUCAAUUAGUUAUUAGAUUUUAAUUUUUUAUUUAUUAGUUUGUAAGAUGAUUUUAAUUUGUUUUUAUUUUAUCAAGAGUUUUUAACAAUUUGAUUACAAAAUUUUGUCCCCUUUGGAAAACACGUUUAUAAAACGUUUUUAACUUUUUUUUAUCUAGUAUAUAUUUUUAAAUACGUUUUUAAAUUUACAACUACAACAAAUGUUUUAAAAUGUUCAAAGUUUUUAAUCUGUUUUUAUUUAAAAAAAAAUAAUAAUCAUAAUAAAAUUGGCUUUUAAACUUUUCUAUUUGUUUCUUACAAAAUUUCAACACAAAAAACGCAUUUUUACUUGUUAAAAAUGAUUGUAAUGUAAAAUCUAAGCAAAACAAAAAAAUCCUAAACAAACUGUUGCAGUUUUAGUGGAAUAAAAAAAUAUAAAUUCUUAUUAAUAAUAUUAAAUGUGUUAAAUGCUUUAAACUGAAAAAGAAAAUUAAUGUAAUUUUUUUUUAAAUGUCUUCCACUUGUGCUGCAAUAUUUAAAAUAUAAUUUUUAAUUGUAUUAAUUGUUUGAAUUUAAUUUUAAGUUUAUUUUUUAAAUGCAAAGAAAAUGAUUAACAAUUAUUUUCUGUUAAUAGAUUUAUUAUUAUUUUUUUUAAUUUGUAGUUGUCAGUAGUGUAACAAUUUAGAAAACCAUAGAUCAUCAUUAUUAUAUAAAAUUAACAAACAAACAAAAAAACAAAGCAAAUGUGGUUAAAACAAAUUGUUAUAAUUUUUGUUUAAAAAAAAAUCCAUUUCUUUCAUUAAGUUUUGCACGUUCUUGAAGACUUUUUAAAUAUACAUUACAUAUUACAGCUUUUUAAUUAUAAA